AGCACACCGACAUCCUAACUUGCGUGUUGUGAUGUAAUACGCCUGCUAUGUGAACGACGACGACACAACGGUAUCUGGCAGAGACAGCGGCACAGACAGUCUUAAGGACGUGCACGCAUGGCCAACUGAGACGUCAUGCAAUAGACAUCAAAAUAUCAACCUACUACUGAUGCACACGCUAGGCUGUUAGAGGCAAUCUUGCGGUUUCUUGCCCUAGGGAAUCCUCGCAUGAUUCCCCAGCUGGUACCCGUGGAUUUUCCGGCACUCCGUGCUACGUUAAUCUGGCCCGUGCUGCGUCGUGGACGUAUAUAAUCACCGUCGCUGCACGCCGUUGGAACCAGACUCGCCGUUCACGUCCAAGUCACAAUGAAGUACGCAACUGCCUCUCUCGUGGCCGCGGCCACUGUCUCCCAGGUCGCCGCGGUAUACCAGCAGUGCGGUGGUAUCGGCUUCGUUGGGCCCACUGCGUGCGAUGCUCAGUCGGUGUGCACCACUAUCAACGCCUACUACUCGCAGUGCCUCCCGUCGUCCUCCCCCUCGGCGCCCUCUGCCCCCAGCUCCAGCCUGAUCCAGCUCGGCGGUGUCAACACUGCGGGAUACGACUUCAGCGUUGCUACUGACGGAAGCUUCACCGGCACCGGUGUCUCUCCCCCGCCCUCUCAGUUCACCCACUUCUCCAGCCAGGGUGCUAACCUCUACCGCAUUCCCUGGCAGCUGAUGACCCCCAACCUCGGCGGACCCAUCAACGAGACCUUCUUCGCGACCUACGACCAGACCGUCCAGGCCGCGCUCAACUCGGGCUCGAACGUGCACGUCAUCGUCGACCUGCACAACUACGCGCGCUGGAACGGCGGCAUCAUCGCUCAGGGCGGCCCGACCAACGAGGAGUACGCGUCCAUCUGGACCCACCUCGCCGCCAAGUACGGCUCCAACGAGCGCAUCAUCUUCGGUGUCAUGAACGAGCCGCACGAUAUCCCGAGCGUCCAGACCUGGGUCGACUCCGUCCAGUUCGUCGUCAACGCCAUCCGCCAGGCUGGCGCGACGAACUUCCUCCUCCUGCCCGGCUCCAGCUGGGCGUCCGCCCAGGCCUUCCCCACUGAGGCCGGCCCCUACCUCGUCAAGGUCACCGACCCGCUCGGCGGCACCGACAAGCUUAUCUUCGAUGUCCACAAGUACCUCGACAGUGACAACAGCGGCACCCACCCCGACUGCACCACCGACAACGUCGACGUCCUCAAGACCCUUGUGUCGUUCCUCCAGCAGAACGGCAACCGCCAGGCGAUCCUGAGCGAGACCGGCGGAGGCAACACCGCGAGCUGCGAGACUCUCCUCAACAACGAGCUCUCCUUCGUCAAGUCCGCGUUCCCGACCCUCGUCGGCUUUUCCGUCUGGUCCGCGGGCGCGUUCGACAGCACCUACGUGCUCACCGUCUCGCCCAACCCCGACGGCUCCGACCAGCCCCUCUGGAUCGACGCCAUCAAGCCCAACCUGCCCUGA